AUGGGCACAAAGACCAAACUGAAAGCACCGAGCGCGAGCACAAAGACAGUUUGGAAGACCAGUGACGAUGCUGUGUUGAUAGCAACACUUCUGAAGGAACGGGAGGAGGGUCAUCAAUCUGACUCAGGAUUCAAACCGAAGUCAUUCAUUGCUUGCGCAGAAGCACUCAAAGGGAGUGAGAAGAUGAGUGGAGGUGUUGCGAAGACAUCUGGCUCAUGUCAUGAUCAUUGGGGAAAGCUCAAAAAAGACUUCGCCAUUAUUAAAAAACUCUGGGAACAAUCUGGAUUUGGCUGGGACAACACUUUGAAGAUUGUAACUGCCCCACCAGACGUCUGGGAGAAAUAUCUCGCGACACACACAAAAGCAAAAGUCUGGAGGAAGAAAUCUUUUCCGCUCUACGACAGCAUCCAGAUUCUCGUCGAGGGGAUUAUUGCAACUGGCAAAAAUGUCUUUCGUGUGGGCAUGACUACCACGACUGAAAUUGUUGACACCACCCUCCCAUUCAACUAUCCUGCUGAUUCAGUAGCCGCAAGUGCCAGUCAACAGGCCAUGCCAUCCAUUGUUCUUCAAGUGGUCGUGGCUCAGACGUGCAUAAUAUCCCGUAUGAUACGGGCCAGCGAACCAUGGGCCGAAGAUGGAUGGGCCGAGGUAGUUGGAUAUUAUGUAGAUGGGUUUACCAAGGUAGAUGUGUAUCAAAUAGCCGGGUGGGCCGAGGGAGCGGUAAAAUAUUUAUUAUAUACGGGUGGGCCGAAGGUAGUCGUAUAUUGCAUAGACGGGUAG